GCGCACUAUAUAUCUAGGGGGUUUUGCCGUGCGCGUGGCCCAACUUGACAGUUCGUAUCAGACGGCAGCAAUAGGAGUGUCGCGCGUAUAAUACUAAUAUUGUAACCUGUAAACCGGCGAUCUUUAUCAGUUCAACUAAGAAUUCGAUUACGAUAAGUCAAAAUGUGCGGCAUUUGGGCGACAUUCGGGGUGGACGGGGGGCUGAGUCCAACGUGUAUCAAGUGCUUCUCGGCCAUCAAGCAUCGCGGGCCAGACGCGUGGCGCAUCGAACAGGACUCGCGCGAGCCACUCGCCAUCCUCGGCUUCCAGCGGCUCGCCAUCGUCGACGGCCUGCACGGUAUGCAGCCCAUGCGCCUGCACUGCUACCCCCGCACCACCCUCAUCUGCAACGGCGAAAUCUACAACUGCAAACGCCUCCAAGCUCAAUACGAAUUCCCCUACGAAACGAAAUGCGACGUCGAAGCCAUCAUUCAUAGCUACCAAACCUUUGGAAUCGCCGAAACCGUCAAGAAACUCGACGGUGUUUUCGCGUUCUGCUUAGUUGAUGGUGAGAAGAGGAAAGUUCAUAUCGCGAGGGAUCCAUAUGGUGUCCGCCCUCUCUUCAGAUUCCACGAUGAAGAAAACGGUGUCCUUGCCAUCUGCUCAGAGGCAAAAGGUUUGAUAGGAUAUAAGCAAAAGGGAAGCGAAAAUUCAACACUAGGACAAUUCAAGCCAGGACACUUUGAAACUUGGAGUAUAUUGGAUUCCGGCAAGGUGAAGCUCGACCAAACAGAGCAAUACUAUAAACCUGGUAUGCCCCCACAUUUUACACCAUUCAUUUCAGAAGAAGACCUAUCAACAAUGAACGUGUAUGAAAAGACUGCACACUUGCUAGAAGCUUCGUGUCGCAAACGAUUGAUGGCGGAGAGACGAAUAGGAUGUCUCCUGAGCGGCGGUUUAGAUUCGUCGUUGAUCGCCGCUUUAGUUGUCAAGCUUGCCAAAGAACAUAAGUUGCCAUAUAAAAUACAAACAUUCGCUAUAGGUAUGGGUGAAUCUCCCGAUCUUAUUGCUGCACGAACUGUCGCAGACCAUCUUGGUACUGAACAUCACGAGGUGCGAUUCGACGAAAACGAUGUGCGACAAGCAUUGGACAACGUAAUCUACCAUUUGGAAACAUUCGAUAUCACGACGAUUCGUGCCAGUUUACCUAUGUAUAUUUUAGCAAAAUACAUUAAAGAAAACACAGACACUACAGUGGUGUUCAGCGGAGAGGGCGCGGACGAGGUAGCUCAGGGGUACAUCUACUUCAGAGACGCGCCCUCAGCGACCGCCGGGCACGAGGAGAGCUUGCGGCUCCUGUCCGACAUUUAUCUAUACGAUGGCCUGCGAGCAGACCGAACAACGAGUGCCUUCAGUUUGGAACUUCGUGUACCAUUCCUAGAUAUCCAAUUUACCAACCAUUACCUCAGCAUUGAUCCGAAACUGCGACAACCCCAAAAUGGCGUAGAAAAGCAUUUAUUAAGAAGCAGUUUUACGAAAAGCGGUCUUUUACCAGAUUCAAUAUUAUGGCGCCAUAAAGAAGCCUUCAGUGACGGUGUAGCGUCAGUAAAGAAAUCUUUGUUCACGACAAUAGGAGAGAUCAUCGCAGAGAGAUUUACAGACGAAAACAAACAAUACGAGGGUGUCAAGCCUACUACCACCGAGUCUACCUAUUACCGCUACGUUUUCGAGAAAUCAUUCCCGGGACAACAUAACUUUACACCCUAUUACUGGAUGCCGAAAUGGGUGCAAGUAUCAGAUCCUUCCGCCAGGUUUAUCAAACAUUAUGCAGCUACAUAGGAAAACGUGUAUAUUUCAAUAAAUGAAUGAUAAAUACCUAUUCAA